AUGAUUGGAAAUGUUGCUCCUGCUUCUGAAACUCAAAUUGCUCCUAUUUCUGGAAAUUCUUCUUCUACUGAGAUCAUAAACUCAUCCCAUCCUUUCUUUAUUGCACCUUCUGAUUCACCAGGUGCUCUUCUAGUUAACACUGUAUUUGAUAGGAAAAGUUUUGGUGGAUGGAAAAGGGCUAUGUGGAUAGCUUUGACUGCUCAAAACAAAUCAUGCUUCAUUGAUGGGUCCACUGCUGAGCCUGAAUAUGGAUCUGAUCUACAUGCUGCUUGGUCUAGGUCCAACAUGAUGGUAAUUUCUAGAUUAUUGAACUCUCUUUCUAGGGAUAUAUCUGAAAGUGUUUUGUAUUAUGCUACUGCUAAAGAUAUUUGGACUGAGUUAGAGGCCAGAUAUGGACAAAGUUCUCGGGCUAGACUCUAUCAGCUUCAAAAGGAAUUAAGUGAUCUGGUUCAAGGUGCAUCUGAUGUUGUUGCUUAUUUUACCAAAAUCAAAUGA